AUGCAGUAUAAAAAAGAAACACUGUUGCUAAUUCUGCUUGCUAUAUUGCUAGCACUAACUCAGCGCUACUCCAGAACAAAGGAUCACCUACAGAAGAUGUACACCUGCUGGACAGAUCAUCUGGAAGAACCUCAGCUCGAGUCCUGGUUUAAUCCAAAAAAACGUCCUGAUGUUAUAGCAACAACUGGUUGGCUCGCUCCAGUCUUAUGGGAAGGAACUUAUGACAGAGAAGUUCUAGAACAAUAUUAUAAGAGACUGAACAUCACCGUAGGCUUGGCUGUCUUUGCUACUGGAAACUUUUCAAGUGAGUCCCUGAGACGCUUCAUAAAAUCUGCCAAUAAGUACUUCAUGGUUGGCUACAAUGUUAUUUUCUACAUCUUGGCUGAUGGCACGAGCAUUCUACCAUACCUUGAGUUGGGUCCUCUUCGGACACUUAAAAUGUGGAAGCUCUCUGGAGAAGAGAUGACGUAUGAAGACAGUAAUCUCAGGAACAUGAAUAACAUGCGAUACAAAAUCAUGGAACAUAUUCAAUAUGAAGUCAACUUUCUCUUCGUGAUGACUGCGAAUCAGAUCCUCAAAAGCCACUUUGGAGUAGAAACCUUGGGCAGAUCUGUAGCUCAACUCCAUGCAUGGUGGUAUUUCAAACAGCCCAGAGAGUUCCCUUAUGAGAGAAGAAGGAAAGCCUCAGCUUUCAUUGCCUUCGAAGAAGGAGAUUUCUAUUACCACAGCGCCAUUGUUGGUGGCACGCCCCUAGACGUCUUAGAUCUCAUCGAACACUAUAUAAAGGGAAUUAUAGAUGACAGGACAAAUGAACUGGCUAGCACGUAUGAAAGACACCUAAAUAAAUACUUUUUUAUCAAAAAACCCGUUAGGGUGUUGUCACCAGAGUACAACUGGGAUCCAAGAUUUAAAACUCCUCCAGAAAUCUGGCAUGUUAAGGUAGCAUGGCAACCACGAAUCCCUUAA